UCAUAUAUACCGAGGCAGCGCGGGCCAUCGUACGCAUUUUCAAUAUCGCUCUCGCUAAUUUCGAUCGGCGCUGAUACGUAGAUCACGUCCACCUGACACCAGAUAGCGACAGGAUGACGUUGCUGAUCGGAUUGUUACUGGUUGCCAGCUGGACCGGGGCUGCCAUCGCCGGACUACCACCUGGUAUACAAUCUUGUCCACGAACGCUCGACCUGGGACAAUACGACAGUUGCGUGGUGCAGCGAUUGAAGGCUAUAACACCGUACUUGGCCAAGGGAGUCCCGUCCUUGAAGUUGCCGGCGCUAGAUCCCCUGUUCCUGCCGUCGUUGACGGUGGACAGAAAUCUGGAUUCGUUGAAGAUCAAGGCGAACAUGAGCCAGAUCCGUGUGCACGGCGCAACGAAUUUCAUCAUCGACGACUUGAAGGCCAAUCCGAACGAUCUGUCGGUGCGUCUGAAAGUUCAGCUGCCCCACGUCCACGUUAACGGAGAUUACGAUGUUCAAGGGAGGCUGCUCCUACUUCCGUUGAACGGUGUUGGCAGUUUCAAAGGAAAUUUCACUAACACGGAGGCGCAAGUAACUGCCCAAGGCAAAGAAAUAACUGAUAAGAACGGAGUGCAGAGAAUCGAAAUUGAUAAGCUAGUGACGAAAAUUCGCGUAGGAGACGGGAACAUUAGACUAAAAGCGCCACCUUCUCACACUAUAGCUGCUGACGCAGCGGCCACGUUCUUCAACUCGAAUCCACGCUUAGUCCUGGACAUUGCCAGCCCGAUUAUCGAGGACACGGCGGCGACUGUUAGCAGAGCAUUGGCUGCUAGAGCGUUGGGGGCUCUGACAAAAGAGGAAUUACUACCCUAGUCCACGUUCAUCACGUUAUGUGAUCCCAUAAUAGGUAAUCGUGUAGUACGUUUAGACACGUUUCCUGUCGCGUGAGUUAUCAGCUUAUUCAAUAAUUCGUAUUAAUUAAUAACUUAAUUUCAAUGUGCAGUAGAUUGGCGUGUCGUCAUCGUGUUUUGAAACUUAACUCUGGCACAGCAAUGAUAAUCAUUCAAAAUUUUGUCCAGUCGUGAAUUACAGCUACGAUGAAAAAGAGAUUUAGUACGUGAUAGAAAUUCGUUUUUGUAUUGUAACUUGUCGAGUAAUUUAUACUCGCUGCUUAUCCAUUUUUCUCCACUACUGGUGGUUUUUCGUAUUUUAUCCAGUCUUAUGAAUAUAUUUUAUAAUGGUACGGUAUUCUGAAUUAUCGUAGGCAUGAUUCGAAUUAAUUUUAAUAUUGAAAAUCAGAUCGAUAGGAAACGCGUUAAGGUGAGAAGAAUUUUCUUAAUCUUUCUAAAUAUUUAGAUAAGACACAGUGCUGUAUAUUAGAUACAAUUUAAUGUGAUUAACUGUAGAAUUACAAUUAUAUCAUCACUAUAGCUUAUAUUGAAAAUCGUUCGAACGGCUCUCGUCAAAGAGAAAGAAAAUGAUAAUUUCCAUUUUCACUUGCAAUGUAAUUGUUAUGCAUUAUAAAAUUGUUGGAAAGGAUUAUCACGUGAUUUAAAAACAACGAGCAUAAUCAAUCUUCGAAAGAAUUAGAAAAAAAUUUAAUUGACUGCUUGAUCAAUUUCUAGCACUUGCACUUUUAAAUGUCACAUUCUAAGUGACUGAAUAUUCUCAGAAUUUAUUCUUUUAAUUACAAUUUAUUUUCAUCAUUAUCUUUCGUUUGAAUUCUAUUCUUUGAUCGAGACGUUUUAAUUGCGUUGUUGGACAUAAACAUGUAACACUAGACAUAGAAAAUCUAUCUAUUGUUAUAAUUACAUAAUAGACAUAGAAAAUAGAUAAAGAUACAUAAAAUAUAUUUUUGAAUAUUUUAUAGAAUAAUAUAAAAGCGAUUUUUCUUUAAGAUGUAUAUAAAUUUGUGUUUUAACGUGGACGAUGGAUAUUAAGUUUUGGAUAUAAUUGAUUUUGUGAUUUUUUUUAUACAAUUUAUUACUACAAUUGUACAAUUGUUCGUUUCAUUUUAUUAGAGAACAAAUCCCAAUGACUGGCAGUAAUUAUUCGCCUAUUUGUCGUCUGCUUAACAAAUUAGAGUAUAAUUACACAAUUCUAUACAAUCGUAAAAUCAUUGUUGUCUAUUUUUUUUUUUUUCUUUUGAUAUCUCGUUUGAUUGAUCGUUCGUUGCUUUUAUAGUAAGCAAUAUAGUAAUAAAUGUUAUAACAAAUUUGAAGUAAA